AUGCUCGUUCAGAACAUUCUUCUCUGCAUUGCAGCGCUGGGAGCGUCCCCACUUGCAAUGGCUGCUCCAUUGGCGAUUCCCGACAAUGAGAUCGCUCCUAGAAAUGCUCUCUUGCCAACUCUUCCCAUCGUAGCUCCGGUCCUCACUGAAGAACGUGACGUCCAGUUCAAGAGAGAUGAUGAUGACGACCACGACGGCGACGACGACGAUGAUGAUGAUGAUAAGAAUAAGGAUAAGGGGAAAGGACAUGGAGGAGGGUAUAACGGCUAUAGGGGAAAGCCUGGGAAGGGUGGAAAAGGAGGCCAAGGAGGGGAAGGAGGAAAACAUUACAAGAGAGAUGACGUCCUUGAAGCAGACGAUACUGCUGAUGUAGCUGCUGAAGGUGACGAUGACAUGGUGAAGACGAAUGGGGAGUGGUAUGGGCAUGGUGGUCACGGUGGCGGAUGGGGCGGGUGGUCCGGCAAACAUUGGCGGAGAGAAGACAAAGAUGAAGCAGAUGUUGGGGUCAAUGAGGCUGUGAGGGGCUAUGGCAAGCAUGGACAUGGUGGGUAUGGAGGAGGAUAUGGUUAUGGCAAACGCGGCCAUCAUUAUGGAUGAGUAUCUUGCUAGGAGGGACAUGAAUGUGAAGAUUUACAAGUCUAUGACUUU